AUGGUUGAAGAAAAAUACAUUGGACUUGGCUUGGCCGUGUCGUCGUCGAUCGCCAUCGGUACCUCCUUCAUCAUCACAAAAAAGGGCCUUAUUGACGCCGCCAACAAGGGCGGUGCGGCGCUGGCGGACGCUUCCGCGUACCUCAAGAACCCCAUCUGGUGGGCGGGAAUCUCCACGAUGGCGGUGGGGGAGGUUGCCAAUUUUGCGGCGUACACGUUUGCGCCAGCAGUUUUGGUGACGCCGCUUGGCGCGUUGUCGGUGAUUAUCGGCGCGGUGUUGGCGUCCUUCUUUUUGCAUGAGGAGUUGGGGACGUUGGGCAGAAUGGGCUGCGCCACGUGCUUGUUAGGGGCCGUCAUCAUUGUGUUGCACGCGCCACCUGACAAGGACAUCCAGACGGUGGAUGAGAUCUUGGGGUACGCGGUGAAGCCCGGAUUUCUCUUCUAUGUGUUUGCGGUGACGGUGUUUGCGCUUUUCAUGAUCUACAAGAUCGCGCCAUACCACGGGACGAAGAACCCGAUGAUCUACAUUUCUAUUUGCUCCACCGUCGGGUCUGUGUCUGUGAUGUCCAUCAAGGCCUUCGGGAUUGCGUUGAAGUUGACCUUGGAGGGGAACAACCAGUUUACCCACGCGUCCACGUACCUCUUCAUUCUCUUGGUUGUGGUGUGCAUCUUGACCCAGAUGAACUACUUCAACAAGGCGUUGGACCAGUUCGACACGUCGAUCGUCAACCCGUUGUACUACGUAACCUUCACCACCGCCACGUUGUGUGCGUCCUUUAUCUUGUUCCAGGGCUUCAACACCACUAGCGCCGUCAACAUCAUUUCGCUCAUCUGCGGCUUCUUGAUCAUCUUCAGCGGUGUCUACUUGUUGAACAUUUCCCGUAAGAGCACCGACCACCAGGAGUUGUUCAGCCACGGCAACGGGGUGACUGACAUCCCGAUGGACAACGGGGUUGGCGGUUUUACCGCCAGAAGAUCCAUGCAGGUGAACCGUACGCGAAUGCUGUUGAACGACGAGGAGACAGUUGGGUUGAGGCGCGUGGACAGUUUCGAAAUUAGUGAUGAGGAAGGGAGAUUCUAA